ACAAGAAGAUUGAACCACUCCUGCCAUGUCCUCCAAACCCAUCCGUGAAUACGAUGCCAAGCUCUUGCUAUCCUACUGGCUGACUCGUGUGCCAACCGUCGACUCGACCAUCCAGCUCGGCGCGAGUGCAACCCCAGCUCUUCCUCGUGUCGCUCAGGUCCUCUUCGAUGAGGACACCAAGCAGACGACGACCCUUGCUGAGCUCCCAGCGUGGACCAGGGAGCCCGGCGUCAAGCUCGUCGCGAAGCCCGAUCAGCUCAUCAAGCGUCGAGGCAAGGCUGGUCUCCUGGCCCUCAACAAGACUAUAGAUGAGGCGAUGGCUUGGAUCGGUGACAGGGCUGGCAAGGUCCAAAAGGUCGAAGCGGUCUCCGGCCCGCUCGUGUCUUUCAUCCUCGAACCCUUCCUUCCUCAUCCCUCCAACACUGAAUACUAUGUCUGCAUCAAUUCGUCGCGUGAAGGUGACAGCAUCCUCUUCACUCACGAAGGUGGUGUCGAUGUAGGCGACGUCGACGCCAAGGCCCUCAAACUCGACAUUCCCGUCCCAACAUCUGCCAAGCCCAACACAUUCCCUUCAAAAGAGACCAUCGCCGCCACCCUCCUUACCCAUGUCCCUGCCGAGAAGAAGAGCGCCCUCGUCGACUUCCUCAUUCGGUUGUACUCGGUAUACGUCGACCUCCACUUUGCUUACCUUGAGAUCAACCCUCUCAUCUGUCUCGGUGCAUCAGAGAGCAAGAGCGGAAAGGUUGAGAUUCACUACUUGGACAUGGCUGCCAAGCUCGAUCAGACAGCUGAGAGCAUUUGCGGACAAAAGUGGGCUAUUGCUCGCGACCUCAGCGUUUACGACGGCUCGGCUGUCGUGCAAAAGGGUGGCAAGGUCACUGCCGACCGUGGUCCCCCCAUGGUGUUCCCUGCGCCCUUCGGUCGCUCUCUCACCAAAGAGGAAGCAUACAUCCAGAAACUUGAUGCGUCUACCGGUGCCUCCCUCAAACUGACUGUCCUCAACCCCGAGGGUCGCGUCUGGACCAUGGUUGCAGGUGGUGGUGCCAGUGUCGUCUACAGUGAUGCCAUCGCUGCGUGUGGGUUUGCACAUGAACUUGCCAACUAUGGAGAAUAUUCAGGUGCCCCUACCGAGGGCCAGACCUACGAGUAUGCCAAAACUCUGAUCGAUUUGAUCACUCGCGGUACCCCUCGUCCUGAUGGCAAGAUCCUCAUCAUCGGUGGUGGUAUUGCCAACUUCACCAAUGUCGCUGCAACAUUCAAGGGCAUUAUUCGCGCUUUGAAAGAGUACAAGCAACAGCUCAUCAACUCUGGGGUCAAGAUCUUUGUCCGACGUGGCGGUCCCAACUACCAGGAAGGUCUCAAGGCGAUGAGACUGCUCGGAGAGUCCCUGGGUGUUCCCAUCCGUGUCUUUGGUCCUGAAACCCACAUCACAGAGAUCGUUCCUCUUGCUCUCGGCAUCAGUGCAAAGUCGCACUCACCAAAGAGCGUUCCUGCAACUGCCCCUGGAACUCCACCUGCCGCUGCUUCUGGCUCCGUCACGUCCGAACCCUCUGCCGUCGGCACCAUCCACCCAUCUGGCGAGCGUACCCAACCCGAUGACCAGAUCGUACACUUUGACACCAGCUCUCCCACUUCCCGACCCAGCUACCGGCCUUUCGAUGAACACACCAGGAGUUUCGUCUAUGGUCUCCAGCCCCGUGCAAUUCAGGGUAUGCUCGACUUUGAUUACUCUUGCGGUCGCGCUACACCUAGCGUUGCUGCAAUGAUCUACCCCUUCGGUGGUCAUCAUAUUCAAAAGUUCUACUGGGGUACUAAGGAGACCCUACUCCCUGUUUACACCAGCGUCGGCGAGGCUGUCGCCAAGCACCCUGACGUCGAUGUUGUCGUCAACUUUGCCAGUAGCCGAUCCGUGCUCGGCAGCACAAUGGAGAUUCUCAAGGGUGGAUACACCGGCAUUCGCAGCAUUGCGCUCAUUGCUGAGGGUGUUCCCGAGAGACAUGCCCGUGAGAUUCUCUGGGAGGCCAAGCAGCGUAACGUGCUGAUCAUUGGUCCUGCUACUGUUGGAGGUAUCAAGCCUGGUUGCUUCAGGAUCGGAAACUCUGGUGGUAUGAUGGACAACAUCAUCGCGUCCAAGCUCUACCGUGCCGGUUCGGUUGGUUACGUCUCCAAGUCCGGUGGUAUGUCCAACGAGCUUAACAACAUCCUUUCCUUUACGACGAACGGCACAUACGAGGGUAUCGCUAUCGGUGGUGACCGUUACCCCGGUACCACCUUCAUCGACCAUCUCCUCCGCUACGAGGCUGAUCCCGACUGCAAGAUGCUAGUUCUCCUCGGUGAAGUUGGUGGUGUUGAAGAGUACCGCGUGAUCGAGGCCGUCAAGAACGGGCAGAUCAAGAAGCCCAUCGUUGCAUGGGCCAUCGGUACCUGCGCCAAGAUGUUUACUACCGAAGUGCAGUUCGGGCACGCUGGAAGUAUGGCCAACUCUGACCUCGAGACUGCCGAUGCGAAGAACCGCGCGAUGAGGGAGGCAGGGUUCGUUGUUCCGGAAACCUUUGAGGAGUUGCCGACUGUCCUUCGGGAGACGUAUGACGCGCUCGUCGCAAAGGGUGUUGUUGUGCCUAAGCCCGAGAGGGACCCUCCUGUUAUUCCGAUGGACUACAAGUGGGCUCAGGAGUUGGGCUUGAUCCGUAAACCUGCUGCAUUCAUCUCGACGAUCUCCGAUGAGCGCGGCCAGGAGCUGUUGUAUGCUGGUAUGAGGAUCAGUGAUGUAUUCAAGGAGGAUAUUGGGCUUGGUGGUGUUGUCAGUCUGCUGUGGUUCAAGAGGCGUUUGCCUCCUUGGGCGACCAAGUUCAUCGAGAUGGUCCUCAUGCUCACUGCGGAUCACGGUCCGGCUGUUUCUGGUGCUAUGAACACGAUCGUCGCGUCGCGAGCGGGCAAGGACUUGAUUUCGUCCUUGGCAUCCGGUCUGUUGACGAUCGGUAGCCGGUUCGGUGGUGCUCUCGACGAAGCUGCUGCUAUGUUUAGCAACGCGCGGGACACAGGUUUGACGCCGCGGGAGUUUGUUGACAACUCAAGAAAAGCAAACAAGCUUAUCUCCGGUAUUGGACACAAGAUCAAGAGCGUCAACAACCCUGAUUUGCGUGUUGAGCUUGUCAAGGAGUAUGUUCGCAAAAACUUCCCCAGCCACUCAUUGCUCGACUACGCGCUUGCUGUGGAAAAGGUGACAACGAGCAAGAAGGAUACCCUGAUUCUGAACGUGGAUGGAUGUAUUGCUGUGUGCUUUGUCGACCUGUUGAGGGACAGUGGCGCGUUCACGCCAGAGGAAGCGGAUGAGUACAUCAAGAUCGGUACAUUGAACGGCUUGUUCGUGCUUGGCAGGAGUAUCGGUUUCAUUGGACAUCAUCUUGACCAGAAGAGACUGAGGGCACCACUGUACCGACACCCUGCAGAUGAUAUCUUUAUCAACAUGGCAGAUGUGAGCCAACCGCGGGUGCUGGGCAGGAUGCAGUGAUUGAUGGUGGAUCGAGAAGUUUUCCUUUACUAUGUUUUCUCUGUGCUUUUAGUAGAUAGUAAUUAGACCACACGCAAUGCAUAUUUUUCUCUGUUUCAUG